AUUCAACAGCACGGGCAGUGAAAUCUCUCCCAAAUUUUGAUGACAAAAUCUCACGAAUGUGCAGAAGCUCUGGGAACUCUCCACAUCUUGAGGAUACAAAGAUCAAGCUUGAUGCUGCCUCCUUCAGUUCAUCAGGGCAUUCCCUAUCGCAAAAACAAUACAGAAUCAACAAAAACUCACCAAAGAUUAGAAAGUUCCAUCAAAAUUCAAACACAUAUAGUGAUAUAGCCUACAAUCAGAAAAAUGAAAGCUGACAGAGAUAGGAGGUGACACAGGCUAGAGAUUUACGCGAAGAAGAGCUCGGUCCUGGUGACCUAGGUUGAGGAGCUCCAGUACAUCAGAUCUGGAAUGGGAAUACUGAACACGGUGCUGAUUCUUGAGGAUGGAAAUCCUGGAGAUAGCAAGUUUAGCAAGGGUUUUGAACUUGGAGGUCCUGAAGUUUCUUCUCAGCAGAGCAUUCAGCAUCCCACCCAUUUUUCUGCUUUCUGCUGCCUCUAGAACCUCGAGGAACUUGUGAAACAGAAAAGUAGUUAUAUAAACAGAAAUCUUGGACUGUUUUGGAAUGAAAUUUAGUCAAGGUAGGUGCGGUUUUGGUGUUGCUAAUAAUUUGUUAUGGCUGGCUAGCAUAUUAAAGGUGCUUCUUGUGAAAGCGAAAGCCGAGAUUUCUCUGUUGGAAAUUUUCAGCCUAGAGGUAGAGAGUACCACACGGAAUUUUCUUGGGAACCGCGUCUGUGCCGUCGCCGGUCUAGACCGUAGAAAUGACUUGUGGUAUGACCAUGAGAAGAGAGAGGAACACAGUAAACCAGUUCAGAUGGCUUCGGGUGCCGGAGAUUGGUCAUCGUCGCCAAUUGACGAUUACGAGACGUUGAUUUCGACGACGGAUGUGGAGCUCUUGAAACGAGCAUGGCGGAACGAAAAGGCGUCUCCCGAGAUCCUCCCUUUCCAGGAUGCUUUGGUGAAGAGAGCCAAAGAGCAGAUCCAGUUGAUGGAAGAAACGGUAGAUGAAUUUGAAGAAAGUGGCCAUGAUCCCCUUAUAGUCUCACUCUACCAGAUGGACUUGGAUAGGGCUCAGUUCUUAUUGAGAUCGUAUCUUCGAGUUCGCCUUCAGAAGAUUGAGAAAUUCAUGUUCUGUAUAUGGAAAAAUGAUACAUACCGUGACCGGCUUUCUGAGGAAGAGAAAUCAUUCAUUGAAAGCUGCAUUCGUGUUAUUGAAAAACACCUUGACGAGACAGUCCUAUCAAAAUUGCCAGAAAAUUAUCGAGACAUAUUAAAGCAGUCAGCAAUAAGUGAAGAAGAUGAUAUGGUUCCAGAGCCACAAUUAGAUACGUUUGUUGUUGCUAAUUGCAAGAGAGCUACUAGACCUCUGUAUCUUGACAGCAACAGGCAAUCAGCUGUCUUUGACAACAGGGAUGAUUACUUCCAGAUGGUACCUGGUGACCUAUGCAUUAUACGUUAUAAGCCAUUUCGAGAGGAACUGAUAAAUGGAAAUAUUGAUUUGGUUUGAUUGUUUAGCAUCUAAAUGUAAUGUAGACAUAGCAAUCGCCCUCUCCUGUUUUUUCCUUAUGCCUGAAAUUUCAAUGUUCUGAUGCGUACAGUACAUCUAUGAUCUAUAGGCCAUCUUUGGUCCAUACUGUAGAAAUUUCCCGUGUUAAAAAUUCAGUUGAGUUUGAUAGGUUGACAUUGAACAUAAUAAGGCCCCAGACAAUAA